AUGUUUGCCAUACUAUUUACAUUCCUUUUCAUCAACCUUAUAUCUGCUGCUCCAAUACCAGCUGUAAUAACAAGAUAUCACACUGCUGCUCCAGUCACUCAAGUCGUUACACAUACAACAGGAACUACUACUGUAUGGUUACCUCCUGUUGGUAUUUAUGUCUUAGCUGAUGGAAGUUCAUCAACGAGUACUAUUUGGAGUGGUCAAUGGAAUACUUAUCCUGCUACAUUUACAUCAGUUUUGACUCCUGAUAACGAAAAUACUCAACCAGCUGCCCAACCAACUACUACAUCUGAAACUACUCCUGCAACUAAUACUGUUACUGAAACUACUGCUGAGGCUGAACCAACCACUGAACAAAAUGGUGAGACAACACCUGCUGCAACUACUGCUCAACCUGAAACUACCCCAACUGGAACCACUCAACAAACCACUCAACAAACCACUCAACAAACCACUCAACAAACCACUCAACAAACCACUCAACAAACCACUCAACAAACUCAACAAUCCAGUCAACAAACUCAACAAUCCUCAUCAAUUUCUUCAUCAAAUGAUACACCAUCAUCAAGCUCAUCAUCGUCAUCAGAAAGCAGCAGUGGUAUCAAUGACGGAUGGUCGGAUAAUCUUUCACCACCUUCUACAAUUGUCUACUCGCCAUAUGCCAACGACAGAAGUUGUAAAUCAUCAGACGAUAUCAACUCAGACUUGCAAUUAAUUUACAACACUGGAAUCAAACAAAUUAGAUCUUAUGGAACGGAUUGUGGAUCCUUAACUACUGUGUUGCAAAAAUGUAAGGAAUUAGGAAUCAAAGUCAACCAAGGUGUAUGGGUUUCUCAAGAUGGUGUUGAUUCCGCGGAUGAUCAAAUUGAUCAAGUUAUUGAAUAUGGACAACAAAAUGGAUGGGAUAUUUUCAACCUAAUUACCUUUGGUAACGAAGCCAUCAAUUCUCAAUAUGUUGAUGUUGAUUCCAUGAUGACCAAAUUGGAUUCUGUUAGGACACAGUUCCGUAAUGCCGGAUAUAAUGGAUACGUCACUACUGCUGAACCGCCAGCUACAUUUAUCAAUUAUCCUAAAUUAUGUACUGAUACCAGUAUGGAUAUUGUCGCCAUUAACCCUCAUUCAUAUUUCAACGAAAAUAUCAGCCCGGCAAAAGCUGGUGACUAUGUUACAACACAACAAUCACAAGUUGCUAAAUUAUGUAAAGGAAAACUGGUUUGGAUCACUGAAACUGGGUAUCCGUCGCAAGGAGCCACCUUGGGGUUAAAUGUACCAUCGCCGGAAAACCAAGAAAUUGCAAUCAAGUCGAUAUUGGAUUCCACUGGUGGUGAAGUUACCAUAUUGACUACGUAUAAUGAUUUUUGGAAAGAUCCUGGUCAAUAUGGAAUUGAACAAUAUUUCGGUGUUAUUAAUUUAUUCAGCUAG